UUCUGGUGCAUUAUAUAUAAUGAUGUGUUUCUCAUAGCCAAGCAUAAGGAUUACUAUGGCCUUGAAAAGGAUGGAUAGGAGCUGCCGAACAGGCCCAGAUUACCGUUUGGCAACCGUGAAAGAAGCGGAGGCUUAUCUAGAAUGGAUAAAGCAUAAUGAUCUGUUAGGAGAAUGGGACAGAGCCCGUCUUUUAGAUGGCUGGAUCGGAGGCGCUGGUUAUGACUUCCAUGUCCAAGUGGGUUUCAGAAGCUGUCUUGGAUACAUGCUAGUCGUUGAAGUGGGCGAGUCACCAACUUCGGAGAUAUCCAGCACAGAUGACAGGAAUGAGAACCUAUAUUCCGAGGUUCCUAAAUUGAGCAAAGAAGGAAGGAGUGCUGCUUUGUUCUUGUGUUGUGAAGACUGGAAUUACGAGGUCCUUCAUUGGUUGAUUGAGAGUCACAAAGAAGAGGGUCGCACGAGCGGGGUUGCCAUAAGCGUAGAUGAAGAAACAGAAGAGGCGAGCAAACAAAUAAGCGCAGUGGCCAGGAAAUUGCACGGUGCGCGCGCAAAGAGCAGAGUGCCGAGAGCAGAAUUUUCGUGUUCUUCUAUGAGAGUCUUGAUGAGCAGCAUUCUGGAGUCUGCAAAAUCCUUGACAAAUAACAUUCAAGAGUCUGAGCGAGGCAAGAUUAUAAAUGAAAAUCUUAAAAGAGUAUUAUUCUUGAUGGAGUUUAAUGACCUUGCCGAUCAGUGUUGGGAGGAACUACGUUUGACAGAGGAUUUGAAGAGGUUUGAACACUAUCGUUUCGACACAAACAUGGAGUCAACUUGGGAGGGCGUUGCGGAUACAGUUUGGUACGCUACGGCAGACGCCAUGGCUGUUGUAAUCCUAUCACAGUGCAGCAAGUAUCAUAAUGAAUGGGUACUGCAGAGAGAGAGGAUGGAUGAUCGCGCUGUUGUCGCAUCCCUAACUAUCUACGCCCAGCAGCUCUUAGAAAGAACCUUUUUUGGCGACGAAAGUCUGUGGAAGUAUGUAGAACCAGCGGCAAGCGAAGCAGCGGGCGAUUGCAAGCGGUUUAAUAAGAUUUUACGUGACCGAGGGUACGGAACUUACAGCUCUGGUGGUCACUAUGAUGUUUUAAACAUCUUUCUUGUUCAGGCGGCAAAGAAAGGCGAUGUAAAUCUGGUAGAGAGGCUCAUAGAUAGUAGCGUAAAACCCUCUGAAACAGAUGAUAAAAGAGAAAAAACAGCAUUGCACCAUGCAGCAAAGCUGGAUGAUGAAUCCAAGGGGCUUAAAAUUGCAGGAAUGCUGCUUAGAGAUUCAAGCCUUGAAAAUGCAGUUGACCGUAAAAAGAGGAGUCCUCUACACAGAGCUGCUUUUUGUGGACACUCCAGAAUGUGCAGACUACUCCUCCGGCACAAAGCGAGCGUGGAAAGCAAGGAUGCGUACGGUCGAACUCCACUACACCAUGCAGUUCUACGCCAGCACAAUGAAGAGGUUGUUCAUGUUCUGAUUUCCGAGAGAGGAGAGGACAGUGUUGAAGGGAGCACUUGCUUGGUGGAUGUGGAGGACAACCAUGGAAAGACACCUCUGCAUUUUGCUGUUGAGUGUCAAGCAACCAAUGUGAGAAUGGUGUCGUGGCUGCUGUCACUGUCCAGUCAACCACAAUCUUACUUUAAGAUGCUACACCUUUCAUCGUAUCUGCGUGAGUUUUCGCGAAUGGGCAAUAAGAAUUUUGUUCAAGAGCUGCUGAAAGAAGGAGGCGAUCCACUUGCCCCUGACGAGGAAGGAAAGACAACAUUCCAUUGCGCUGCUGAAUGUUCAAACGACGAGGUGGCAUGCGAUAUUAUUUGUAUGGUGCUCGAUGAAAAAAAAGGAAAGACAAACGUGGAGGGAGCAAGAGUGCGUGACAAAUAUGGAAGAAACGUGCUUCACGUCGCAGCUUUCCUUGGACACAAACAGCUUUGUAAAUGGCUUUUAGAGAAAAUCCCAAAUAUAGAUACUGAGGACCGUGAUGGACAGAGUGCAAUAUAUUAUGCAGCUGCCGGAGCUCAUGACGAUAACGAGGUUUUGGACAUAUUCAUUUUCACAGAACAGGGUACAAAUCAAGUUUUUCUCAAAGAUGACAGCCAAACAACGCCUUUGCACGUUGCUGCUGCGAGAGGCAACCUAAAAAUGGUGGAAAAAUUUCUUUCAAAGAGAGUGAUUUCAGAACAAAAGCGCAAAGAAUAUGUUAGGGCACCAGAUGCGCUGGGUCAAACAGCACUACAUAAAGCAGCAAGUGGAGGCCACAAGAAAAUUGUUAAAAAGCUUUUGGACAAGGGAGCCAAUCCGUUACAAGAACGUGACUGUGACGGCAAAACAGCUCUUCAUUUUGCAACUCAAGCAGAAAAGGGUGAAGAUGCCAUGGCAAUAGCUAAGUUGCUGUUGAACGAAUGUGAAUCCAAUAAACAGAAAUCCUUGCUUUUGUUUGCUUCUGCUGUUGGAAUUGGUUCUGCAGAGCAAAGUAUAAGCUCCAACUCUGAGCUUAAGAAAUAUCUUUUGAAAGAAAAAAGUGAAAUACUGAGAACACCUGGGAAGGAGAAUUUGCUUAGAGUGGCGGCAACAUUAGGCAAUAUAGAUAUGACACGGGAGCUCCUCACCAGGGGUGCAAACAUUGCUGACAUUUGCAGUAAGGAUUGGAGAGGAAAACUCCAACCAGAAGAAAAGAAAAAUGUUGGAGAUGUUCUCAAGCAAAUUGACCAUAUUGUUGAACAAGGAACCGACAAACCAACUCUGUGGGAUGAUCUUGGACGAAUUGCAUAUGCCAAUGGUCUCGCUGCAUUAUUUCUGAAUCCUUUUGUGAAAUCCCCAAUUACUGUGGGAAUCUCGGGAGAAUGGGGAACGGGAAAGUCUAGCCUCAUGAUUCAGACAGAGUGCAUUCUUUUAAAUACAACGGCUCAGUUAGCAUUCUCAAAUUCAUUUCAAAAGGAAGAUUUUCCUGGAGCAAGCGAACCCAAAUUGUCUGCAAAAGGGGAAGCCAGGCGUGGGGAAAUAGUACAUGCUUUAGUGAAGUUACAGACAAUGGAAAGUAUAGAAAGUAUAGAGAGAGAAUCUAGACCAAGACCAGUAUUGCGACGGUCGGAUGCAAAAAAGUGGGAUGACCGUGAUCAAAAAAGUGGGAUGACCGUGAUUAUUCAGAAGAUUGGAAUGUAUGUUAAACGAGUAUUUGGUUACGCUAAAAACUUCACACUAAAGGUAGACAAGGUGAGAGAUCCCCAGAAAAAUAGUCACACCCUAUGUGAGUUUUUGAGAAAUUAUGAACCUAAGCAUCAUCAAAUUUUUAAGUCCCUGGCCGUCAUGGAUCGGCGUGAUAUGUUUGAAUAUAAGGAAAAUGAGGAAGAAAGUGGAUCUAGAAAGCAAAGAUUCGGUGGCAUGCCAUGGGAGGAGGACUCGAUGCAGGGGACUACACCUUCCAUUUUGACUGUACGUUAUAAUGCCUGGCAAUACAGAAAUGAAUCCGAGGCAUGGGCAGGUCUAGCAGUCGAAAUCACAAAAGAAUUGGAAGCAACAAUGACGGUGGCGCACAAGCUGAGGACUAGAUGGGUAUAUAACUGGAGAACCCGUAGAAACAGCAUCUGCUUUGGAGUCAUCUUCCCAUGCUUUCUUGCAGUAUUUGUAGCCUUCUGGUUCAAUACAAUUGUGUGGUUGCUACUUGAUAGAGCGCAAAGUAAAGGGAUAAAAGAUUUUAAAUACGGAAGUCUACCAGUAUCUGCAAUUGUACUUGUUUGGGCUGUGGUGAAGUCAGUGGUUUCUUCUGUGAAACCGAUCAGUGCCCAAAUAGUGGAUUUUAUAUGUCUUCCAGACCAUACCCAAAAGCUUGGCUAUCAUCAAAAGGUUAUUUUUGAUAUCAAUUUUUUGAAAGAUGAACUCAAAUACAGACCCUCCUGGUUGUGGGAGUUCUUUGCAUUUAUAUGGUGCUGCAUUACAUUUAGUUGGGAUGAGAACUAUGUUCCAGGAACGCUCAUUCCUAAGAUGCCCCCUGCAUACAAGGAUAAUCUUAGGAUAGUAGUCUUCAUCGACGAUCUCGAUCGUUGCCAGGAAAAUGUGAUUUUGCAGAUAUUAUCAGCAGUGAAUCUAGUUUUGGCUGCUUGCGAGAUCAACGUUAUUUUGGGCAUGGAUAAAAGUAUGAUCGAAAGGGCAAUAAUAAGAAAGUUUGGGGACAAGACUAGCAAACCUAAUAAUAAGUCCAAUCAGGACUUAGCAGACAAAUAUUUAAGGAAGAUAAUUCAGCUGCCACUAGACCUACCCGACCCUAGUAGCUCAGAGUCCCAGCUUUUUUUACAGGGCCAGUUAGGUAUGUCAGAUAGUAGAAAAGGGACUACAGAUUCAGAAGCACAAAAUGAAAGACCCCUUACAUAUGGGUAUAUGAAACUGCCAAAGUUUCAAAUGGGAACUUCAAUUCCAUCGAAAACUAAACUAGCUGGGGUAGAAACAACAAAAUCUGAGGCAGAAACUGGAGCUAAACAAGAAAAAACCAGAAACAUUUCAGAUACAGCCCAAAAAGGAUUUCAAAAUAUGGAACGGGAAGAAACAACUGGGAGACCAGCAACAGGCCCUAGAGUAGAAGAAACAAAGACCGAGAAUAACCUGAAGUGGCGCAAAUUUCGUGUUAAAUGGGACUCGGUACAUAGAUUCCGGACUUACUGGUUUGGAAAUCAGUACCACUAUGAUAAACUCCAAAAGAGUGAUAUUGAUGAGGAAUGGGACAUUGAACAAGGCGCAGGUGAGAAUUCAGGUGUUCAGAAACGCCGAGAAGACAGUGAGAGUAAGCGAAGGCUUAUGGGUCUGUCCCCAAUAACUACUGAAAUGCUCAUCCCUAAAUAUAGCGAAGGGGAAAAGAAUGCGUUUUGCUUUCAUUAUACUCGAGCCACACGCAACAGGAAACUUCCACGAGAGUGGAAAUGUUUGAUGACAUACCAUCGGCUAGCAUGGAAUAUUUUGUCUAAAAGUCCCCAAGUGAUCCCACUGGCAGGAUGGCAGGUUCAACUGAUUUCAUGGGUUUUCGUCUGCUGGCAAUGGAAGCAUCUCAUAACAAUUCUUGUACAAAAUUGGCAAAAUCUUGAGGUUUUAAGAAAGUGGAUAACGGUACAUGAUAUUCAGAAAGGGGAAGUUAUUGAUGAGAAUAGUGGGCCUUCGUUGAGAGAGAUUGUUGAGCAUUAUAUUGAUGAGAGGUGGCCAACUGACAAGAAGAGCGACAAUUUUCAGGGAGUGAGCGCCGCAAAAAAGAAGGAAGACACCAUUGACAGCGUCAAUGAGGAAGUGGGUGUUAACUGCAGAAAAAGCACUGAAGAAGUGGAUAAGACAAGUGGCAACUUGCCAGAGAAUACAAAGAUAGAGGAUCUUAUCAAGCAAACAAUCAUCAAAGAACUCGAGGAUCCUGAAGGUGUACUGAAGUUAGCAAUAAGAAAUGUUUUACAAGAGGACGAGGUGAAGGAUAUGCUGAAAGCGAUCAUCAAAGAAGCUUUCGAAGAGGAAAGAGAAAGAGAAAAACAGCUAGGGGAAGUUUCAAAUUCAUAUGAAGAAGACAACAAAGGAGAAAGUUCUCUGCAACAGGGCACAACGGUUAAGGAGAAUCAGAAAGCUUCACAUAAAGGUGGAAAUAACGGCAAAAGUAAGGUGAAGGAUGAAGAGGAGGAGCGAGAAGAAUGGAGGAAGCUGAGAGAAACAUUGAGCCGCUACAAUGUUUCAAUGGGUGGCAUUCAAGCCUUCCAGAAAUUUAGGUUCUACUGUGAGCCUGGACAUCUUCAAUGGCCAUUCCUCGAACAAGCUUGAAACCUCACCUGAUGUUAUAUACAUAAAUGAAGUUAGGAGUGCCCUCCUGCCCUGGAUUGUGCUUAUUUCAAAUAAAUUAGUUUCUUCCUUUCA